GCGUCGAUUUGUAACGCCAGCAACAGUGACUGGUGUUUAAAAUUUACAUGCAUUUGCAAAUUCAUAUUCAUGCGAUCGAUCGAUCGAUGAAGGGGAAGUAUUACCUUCAUCAGUGUCUACCGAAAAAUUUAAAACAAACCCCGUACAACCCCCUUUGCGAACCCGCCAUCAUCGACGCAAGUGUAUUGCUGAAAUUUGAGACCUCUUCAAACACGAGAAAGAAAGUUUAACCUGCGCAGCACAACCGUCCGCGCAGCUGAUUUGAUGUUGGUGCCAUAUUUUUCCGUGUAUGUGAUCGAAACACGAAGACGAAAACUCGAGCUCUUGCAUCUACAUACAAAUCGUAUUACAACUCCGGAUCGGAACGAAAGUAAAAGUCCAAACCGGAGCUAAUCCUCACCAAGGGGCAGCUCGAAAAACGGGAGGAACACCGAAAACCGGAAUAUUCAACCGUCUGGCCAGUUUCGAUCGCUGCUCUGGUCGUAUCCCCUAAUAAGCAAAAGCGCCAUCAUACGAAAGUGUAUGCUUUUCGGCGGCGGGAAGAACCGAUCGAAUGGAAUGGAAGAAAACUAAAUCUCAAUAAAACACGCGGACGCGCCAGCAGCCGGCCACACACCGAUUUGAGUAGCGAUUUAAAGAAAAGGAUUUUUUUUUUGUUAAACUUGCUGUUGUUGUGUUAUGUUUUUGUUGCUUUUUCAAACCCUAUGUUGUGAGGGUUGUUAUCGAUAAUCGAUAGACUUGCUUCGGUUGUCGCCGUCGUCAUGUUGAUCGUCAUCAUCUGGCAACUGUCAAGCGUUCCUUUGCUUUCUGCUGGGGGCUGUUAAGUAACGGAAAGAGGCUCGACAACUUUGACUUUCGGGGUUGCCGUUGCUUGUGGUAAUGGUUCCACACCCUAUUGUGUCUGCUCGAGAUGAUCGAUACAUUGUUUAGGUGCCCUUACAAAAAAAAUACAACUCCCAAAAAACGCUAUUCUCUCAUGUAACGAAGUGACGUUAUGCAUUUUUUGGGAAAUCAAAAAAACAAAACCCGCACCAAACUAGAUACGGUUCAAUAAAAUUGAAAACAAAAGCAGCAUACAGAAAACGGAGGUAAACUGCAGCAUAGCUUUAGUACCGAUAGUGCGUAACAUUGCCUGGUUUGCCAAUUUCUAACCGGAAGCUGUGCGGUGUGGUUAUGUCGUGAUUCGUUUUGUAUCGCACUAUCUUCGUCAAUUUCUUCCCUACCAACCGGAACCGUAUCAGAGCGUUUUUUGAACGUAGAAAAGUCUUUGAUGUUUUAUGUUAAGUUUUUUUUUAUUAUUUUCCUCUUUUUUUCUUGAAUCUAAUUUUACCGCACCUUCCAGUGUGUAGCGGAGACAAGUGAACCAUUGUGCAAGUGACGGUAGCAUUUAAAUUGGUGAUUAGUGAGUUGAAACCUAGUUUAAUUGCGACAAAUUUGUAAUUGAGUCGCGUGAUCGCGAAUCGCCAAAGUGCAACAUUACACAUAAAUACGGUGGAAGGCGUGUGGCGGCUUCUAUCAGUUGGGAGAAAAAAGGAAAUUUUUCGUUACCCAAGUCACCCCAAAACCAAACGGAUUCGUCAUGUGCAGCAAAAAUAAUUUCAACGUUAUAAUGGAGAAAAUCAAUACGGGUAUCCCUACGUGCCCGAUCAAUUUGGCCACGUUGCGGACGCGGCUGCCCGAUCUCGGCAGCUGGAGUUUGCCCCACAUAUGCAAGGAAGCGGUGACAAACAGUGGCGGCACCACAACACCGGAGGGCACAUCCGGUAACUACAGCAGCAACAUCACCGCCACGGCCGACGCCUUCUAUCAGCCGACGGUGCCGGGUUCGCUUCAUACGGUCCCGGCCAACGGUACGGCCGUCACCGUACAGCCAACGGCCCAGCAACACUACCAUCAGACGAAUCUGCACAAACACUACAAGGCACACAAAAAGAUGCCAGCCUUCCGUGGGCGCCGGGGCUGGUGUGGCUGUUUGCAGGAUGACGAACCACCCGAAAUCUGUGUGGUUGAGGGUGUGUUCUCCUUGCAAACACUCACCCCGACCCAACCGAUGCCGGCCAUCGACGAGCUGGACAGUAAGUUUGCCGAGCUGGUCGAAGAGCUGGAUCUUACCGCACCGAACAAAGCGGCCAUGAUGAGCCUUCCGCCGCAGAAAAAGUGGCAAAUCUACUGCUCACGCAAAAGCCCCCUGGACAGUGGACCGAACGGUACACCGCUCCAGACAGUGCCACCCUCGCCCGAACACUACAUCGAACGGUUAAAGGAUAUGGCGGUACAGCUGAAAGCUUGUGCACCGGACGAAUCACCAACCCACGAAUAUGGACCCAAGAUUGAAUCGCAGACGGCAUUGUUCGAUGCACUCAAGACAGCACUCCGUACGUCGGCACACAGUUUCGUGAUUCGGUUUAUCGAACUGCAAGGACUGCCGGCACUGUUGGAGUUACUGCAGGUUCUCGAUAUACGGGUAGCGAACAGCCCAUUGCAUACCAGCCUGAUCGGAUGUAUUAAGGCGUUGAUGAACAACUCAACCGGCCGUUCGCAUGUGCUCGCCCAUCCGACCGGCAUCGAUACGAUCGCACGUUCGCUGGCAGCUGACAACAUUAAGACCAAGAUUGCCGCACUCGAAAUUCUCGGUGCCGUAUGUUUGGUGCCCGGUGGACACAAGAAGGUGCUGACCGCGAUGCUUAACUAUCAGGAGUACGCGGCAGAACGGGCCCGGUUCCAGGGCAUCGUCAACGAUCUCGACCGCUCGACCGGUGCGUACCGGGAUGACGUCAACCUCAAGACGGCCAUCAUGUCGUUUAUUAACGCCGUACUAAACUACGGCCCAGGACAGGAGAAUCUCGAGUUUCGGUUGCAUCUGCGAUACGAGUUCCUGAUGCUUGGUAUUCAGCCCGUAAUCGAUAAGCUGCGCAAGCAUGAGAACGAGACUCUCAACCGCCAUCUUGACUUUUUUGAGAUGGUUCGCAAUGAGGACGAAAAGGAACUGGCACGAAAGUUCGAUCACGAGCAUGUGGACACCAAGAGCGCCUCGGCUAUGUUUGAUCUGAUACGCCGUAAACUAAGUCAUUCACCGGCCUAUCCACAUCUAUUGUCAUUGUUGCAGCAUAUGCUAUUGCUUCCACCACCCACGACCGGUCCGAACGCACAGCACUGGUUACUGUUCGAUAGGGUUGUGCAGCAGUUGGUUCUACAGCACGAAGAACGUCCUGCCAGUGACUGUCUCGAUCCGGAUGCGCCCGGUGUGGACAAGCGUUCCGAAACGGGUUCGGUUGCGUCCGCCUCGCUAAAACUGCAAGACCCCGACGUAACACCACUCUCGAUCGAUGUGCGCAAGAUCGUUAAACUGCUGGUGAAGGAGGAAGAACUGGUAGCGGCCCGUACCCGAGCCGAAGAUUUGGAGCGUGAAAAUUCCGAAAUAACGGCCCGGUUAGCCAAGAAGGAACAGGAUCUCGACCAUCGGACGCAGGAGAAGGAAGACCUCGAAACGUCCUUAGCACGCAUGCGCGAACGAUUGGAAAAGGAAAGUGCCAAUCACUCGCAGGCAGUGCAGCGGGCACUCAAUGCCGAGAUGCGUGCCGAAGAUCUCCAGCAUCGGUUCGUAAGCGAGCAGCAGGAACGGCUUCGCCUGGAGCGGCUCGUUACGGAAGGUAGCAUCCCGGACGAUCAGAAGGUGGCCGGAUUGCAAGGAGCCAACUGUAAUGGACAGGCAACGUCACCUCCGCCGCCACCUCCAGCACCCUGCAAACUUCCACCACCUCCGCCACCACCAAUGAUGAUGCCUGCCGCACCACCACCACCACCAGCCCCGGGUGGUAUGCCCAAGCUCGCACCGGCCGGUCCACAGGCACCGGCAGCACCAAAAGCCCCAGAAGCACCGAAGAAGAACGUUCCACAGCCGGCCAAUCCGCUCAAAAGUUUCAACUGGUCGAAGCUGCCCGACAGCAAGCUGCAGGGUACGGUGUGGAGUGAGCUGGACGAUACGAAGUGGUACAACAGCAUCGAACUCGAAUCGAUCGACAAGUUGUUCUCUGCCUACCAAAAGAACGGUGUUGCUAAUGAUGGCUCGAUCGAGGAUCUACGCUUGAUCGGGAAAAAUAAGGCCAAAAUUUUGUCCGUAAUUGAUGGACGCCGAGCCCAGAACUGUACCAUUCUGCUAAGCAAGCUCAAGAUGACUGAUGAGGAGAUCUCCAAGGCUAUCUUGUCGAUGGACUCGAAUGAGCAGUUACCGAUCGAUAUGGUGGAACAGCUGCUCAAGUUUACUCCUUCGGCCGAAGAGCGUGCACUCUUGGACGAACAUUCGGAGGACAUCGACUCGCUAGCACGUGCCGAUCGGUUUCUUUACGAAAUCUCAAAGAUACCUCACUAUGAGCAGCGGUUGCGUAGUCUACACUACAAGAAGCGUUUCCAGGUCACCGUGAACGAUCUCGCACCGAGGAUCGCUAGCGUGAUGGAGGCAUCGCGCGAAGUUGCCCGUUCCCGCAAGCUUCGCAAACUGCUCGAACUAGUCCUUGCGCUCGGUAACUACAUGAACCGAGGAGCCCGUGGUAAUGCGUCAGGUUUCCGACUGGCGUCACUGAACCGACUGGCUGACACCAAGUCAAGUGCAGCUAAGGGUACCACGUUGCUGCACUAUCUGGUGCAAAUCAUCGAGAAGAAGUUUAAGGAUAUUCUAACGCUCGAGGAGGAUCUGCCGCACGUGAAGGAAGCCUCGAAGGUGUCGCUCGGUGAGAUGGACAAAGACAUUACGAUGCUUCGUGCCGGGCUGGCGGAAGUGAACCGUGAGAUCGAGUUUCAUCGAAGCAGCGGUGCGUCACAGCCAGGUGAUCGGUUUCUGCCGGUGAUGAGAGAAUUUCACGCCCAGGCGUCGGUGCGUUUUGCCGAGCUGGAGGACCAAUUUCAGGACAUGAAAACGAGAUUUGACCGUGCCGUUCGUCUUUUCGGUGAGGACGGUUCUGUCGUACAGCCGGAAGAAUUCUUCGGCAUCUUCGAUGGGUUCCUGUCCGCUCUUAUGGAAGCGAAGCAGGACAACGAGAACUUCCGGCGGCGUCAGGAAGAGGAGGAAAAGCGUGCCAAGCAGGAAGCGGAGCUCAAAAAACGCACCAUUGAGCGUAAAACGAAGGAAGGGCUCCUGAAUUCGGUGGCCGGUAAGUUGGGUCUAAAGUCGAAGCAUACGAACGGCACCAAUGGUGGCCCAGUAACGACAGCCGAUGCCAACAAUAAGGGUUGCUUCACCAUCCAGAAAAGGGCGACAAUGAUCUCCUCCUUGGUGGAUAGCUUUGAACGGAAAGCGGCAAACAUUUAGCUAGCGUAUGUUGUCCUUGUUGUGUUAUCCUUGAGGGAUGUGGAACGCAGAAGAAAGCGUGUUGUUAGCGAAGAAGAAACCGUUUCUUUUGUUCCGGAAAUGAUGUGAUGAGUCGUAGUGAUGGGAGAUAAAUUUUGAAUCGUUUUUUUCCAAAGUCCGAAGUCCGAAAAUUAGAUGAAAAGAAACAAAAAUCACUCUCUCGCAUGAAAAGUAGCGCCCAUACACCCCGCAAAUCAUAUAUAUAAAGUAGUUGAUGUUCAUUUUUCUAGUGAUUUUACUGGUGGAUCGAUCGAUGUGCACGUGAAACACGUUUUGCUCGGGACGAAACAUUAAUAUGAAAUAAAGAAAUAAGAAAUACAAAAACCAAAAAAAAA